AAAGAGGAAAAUUUGUGGCCAAAAAGAAAACUUGUAUUUAGAUGACAGAAAUACUCUCUACUCAUCUUUUAAAAAAAAACAUAGUGCAGCUCCAAUAAUGGUGCUGAGUAAAGUGCCACAAAAUGAGCUGUUAACAACGGAUACAAAGGAUGUUGAGGCUACGGAGCCAGAGGUGGAGCUGACUACUGAGAUGCCGAGAGAUAGACGUAGUAAAUUUGUUCGUCGACUGAGUAAAGGCUUCGCGUUUGGAGUGGACACAGUUAUACGUGUGGGCUUUUGUAUAGCAAGGUACCAAUUCCUGGCGUUUAUCACAAUUUUAACUGGUGAUUGGAAACUGAGUUUGUUUAAGGCGGUCAUACUAACAAAUAUCCAAGAGGGAGCAAAAAAACUGUUAGUGAUCCCCACAGCUUGGCUUGCAGAAACCUAUCUAGGCGUUUCCUUGACUCUCUUCAUCUCAGCUAUUUUAUACUCCAUUGGCCUCGCGAUGUGGUACUUGGCAUUGUCACACUUCAAAAUGCCAUUAUAUAAAUGGGGAUUCUUUAUCAUGGGACUAUUGUUGAUAACAAUAGGGCAGUCUGGUUACGAGUCUUGUGAGUACAGUACUGAACCGGAGGAUUUAGAGAAAGGUGGAUCCAACCACCAAGAGCAAGAGAGCAAAAGACAACAUGGAAAGGGUGCGUGUGUUUCAUUCUCCAAAAGAGCAUUAAAGUCACUAUUACGUUUACUCAUAAGACACCGGUCCGGUAUUAUGGCGUUCGUUUUUGUAAAUGCAGCUUUGAAUGUACUCAGUUUUUCCUGUAUCACCUUAUCUUUUAUGAUGUUUGGAGUGUCUGUUAUAGUACUCACCAUAAUGACACGGCCUAAGAAACAUGUUCUUGCAGAAGAAUUUGGGUGGCUCGACAAAGCAGCAGCAUUAACAUCGUAUAAUGUUACAGUAGAACAAGUGGAGGACACAAAAUGUUUCAUAAGAAGUAGUUGUUUGUCAUUGGUGUUUUUGACGUAUGGUGUUAUGACAGCUGUAGGGGAUACCUUCUUUAUCGACCAAGCAGAUGAGAUGAAAAAACAAAUUGGUUCCUUUGAAGUGCCUAUUCAGCUAUUCGUAUUGAUUUUAGAGGCUAUAAAACAGGUGGUGAGUUGGAUAACUGAAAAAGUGAACGCACCACAUAAUAAUAAGAGAUUUUACGGCGCAUUACGACUAGGGUUGGGAAUGCUUCUUUCUGUUCCAUGUUUUCUGAUAGCAUCUGUAAUUGAGACUAAAAUACUCGAGGCUAAAAGACUACAUCAUCGGCAAAUGUCUGUAUUGUGGCUGACUCCCCAGCUUUUAUUAUGGGGAAUCAUGGAUGGGUUAGCUGUUGACGGAAUUGAGGACUUUUUUAAGCAUGAAAUGCCUGAAUCAGUUGCAAAAUCGUAUGGUAAUAUACUUGCUGAAGCUGUUGUUGGCGCGGGGAAGAUACUCAGUGUUGGAUGGUUUUGUUUGUGCUACUACGCUGGAAUUAUGAUAGAGGGUAAGCCAGGUUGGAUUGGGAAAGAUAUGCAAGGAAGUCAUCUUGAAUAUUAUUAUGCUGUUACUGCUUUAUUUGGGCUCGUCAGUUUCUUCUUAUAUGUCUGGGUUGCAUUUAAGCAAGAUUCACAAGUGCUCCCUCCACCUCCACCACCACCACCACCACCACCAUCGUCACCGCACCAACAUUAUUCUCUUUCACCACUAGUCACGAGUGUUUUGCAUGUUAGAAAAACUUUGAGUCGUCGCCAUCUUUCACAACAAAUUAAUCCGACGAACACAAGUCCCUCAGUUUUACAGCGAACACUGACAUCGUGCUCCGUCUAACCCUUCCGAGGGGUUAUUCUCACUCGCCCCGGCCACGCCCGUUUGCCAUAAUUGUUUUCUACCAACCUAGUAUGUAUAGAGAAUAGAUACAAGGUUGUGUUUCUCAUUGAAUAGACUGCAAGUAUUUAUACUUUCUUUUUUUUUUUGAGGGAAAGAUAUUGCUCAUAUAUUAAGGUAAAUCCAUUAAGGUAAAUCCAG